UUGAGCCUCAAUGACACUGCUAGCCUUUUCUAUGUGCCACUUAGGGCCACAUCUUAUCUUAUAAGUUUGUAGACUUAUAUUCGUUAGGAUAUACCCUUCAAAUAUAAUAGUUCAUCUAUUUAAUUUCCAUAACCUGAACAUGCUUUAAACCUGCUAGCAUUUAUAAUUGCUCAUAAAUAAAAAAAAAAAAAAAAAAAAAAAUCCAAAGAUGAAGACUCUGAUCCUUAUGGGCUGCAAACUGAAUUUGGGUAAAUUUUACGCCGUGGCAGUUUGGAAACGUAAGCUGAUUCCCACUGCAGCUUCUUCUCACCGGCGCGUCAGAAAUUACUCUCCCUCCAAUUUUGGAACCCCCAGACCCAAUUUAGACAUCGGAGUUGUUCGUCAUACAACGCCAGCCCCAGAGCGUAAUUGGGUUUCUAAAAUCUGUGCCAGGGGCUUAUGGGAUUUCAGGUGGUUUAGCUUUGAUAACCCAUGGAGAUGGGCUUCUCAGAUUAUCUCCUUUUACUUGCUCUUCCUCAAUCUUGUAGCAGACGCUCGUCCAUCCCCUUCUUUCACAUACGCUUGUGAGGAUGUUAACAAUUAUUAUGCCAGUGUGGAAAAUUUGAGAGGUGAAGCACUCAAGAAAAAAUUGAAUCACAUCGUUGCCCCGCAUCAUUCCUUAUCCUACAAACAGGUGUGGGAUGCCCUCAAGAUUCUUGAUGCUGCUGAUAUUUAUAAACCAGAAGCGUCAUCAGGGAUAAUUGAAAUUUACUCCUUGAGAGUUGUCCCAAAGCGUUUGGCAGGAAAGCCAGAGGGAUGGAAUAGGGAACACUUGUGGCCUCGUUCUUAUGGGCUAACUGAUGGUCCAUCAAUGACUGAUAUACACAAUAUUCGCCCAGCAGAUGUGAAUGUGAAUUCAUCUAGGGGAAACAAAUACUAUGGGCUAUGCAAUGUUAGCUCAAAUAAAUGUUUGAGGCCAGCAAACAAAGAAGCCGCUUCAGACACGGAAACUGACAACGAAAGAUGGGCACCACCUGUAAAGGUUCGAGGGGAUAUUGCAAGGGCAUUAAUGUACAUGGCGGUCUGCUAUGGGUUUAAUCAGCCAGGUGGAGGCCUAGAUCUUCACCUUUCAGAUUCUCCAAGCAUUGGAAAGAGGGAGAUGGGACUGCUUUCUACAUUGUUAAAAUGGAAUGAAGUUGAUCCACCUUCAAGAGAAGAGAAGUUCAGAAAUAAGAGAAUAUGCAAGUUUUAUCAGCAUAACAGAAAUCCUUUUGUUGAUCAUCCAGAAUUUGCCAAUCACAUAUGGAACCCCCUUCUUCAAAAUUCAAAACCCUCCCCCCCCCUCUCCCAAGCAUAAAACGAGAGGCUCACCACCACUGGAAAGAUGAUGCAACUUGGCCACCACUCGUUCUGCCAAUGCUGCCACUCGUCCGAUGUUGCUGCUCGUUAAGCUGAAAUGGAACUCUUAAGGAUGACAGGACUGGGAUUGGUACUUUGUCAAAGUUUGGUUGCCAGAUGCAGUCCAAUCUGCCCAAAAUUUUCCGCUUCUUACUACUAAGGCAUGUGUAUUUUUCUUAUUAAGGUUUUUUUUUUUUUUUUUUCUAUCAACAAUCUUGAUUGAUGGCAUGUCUUUUUAGUCGCAAAGUUGCUUAUUUAAAAAAGGAUUAUCUUUAUACAUCAUGAUAUAUGGGUUGACACUUCUUGUUAUCAUUUGGUUAGUAGAAAGUAUUUUGGAGAGUUGUUGAAGAACUCUUGUGGUUUAUCGGUGGUUCAACAAAUGCCAGGGUAAUAACAACUUUGAACAUUUUGAGCCAUAUGCUUCAUCUUGAAGCUGAGUGGAGCUUCUCAGUAUCAGCAGCUUGUUGACAAGCUUCAUUCGUUUGAAUCAAUCUUUUUGUUUUGUUUUGUUUUUUCUUUUUUUCUAUUUUCAUGAAUUUGCUUAUUUGCACAAAAUUUAUGAAGUUGUUUACUUUUUGUGACACUUCUGGUGGAACCAUACUUAUAAUAUGUGGAAAUUUGUGAAUCAAGGAGCUGUGAUAGGUUUACUUGUCAAAGUUGCUUGCAUAUAGUAUCGAAUCACUUCUUUCAACCCUUCCUGAGUGUUGGACUGAGUGUAUGUAUUGCUAGUUUGUAAAAAAGCAUGAUUUACAUUAUAAAAUCAGUCAUGGAUUUUGUUUUUUUGUAAGUAAUGCUUGCGCAAAAUGAGUAUGUUUAGUUAUGUGUAGGUAGAUGAACUUUAAGUAGUGUUACGUUUUGGGGAAUUGGCUCAUUUGGUCUUCAAAACUUAAUUUUAUGUUUUUGAAAAUUGGGUAGUUGUGUACUUAGGUCUGCAAUAGAAGAUGUUGAAGAAUGCUUCAGCAAAGACAAGUACAACAACUGAAGUUCAAACAUAGACAUGGGCUAUCCGAACCUGUUCCUGAGAGUACUUGUCCCCCAGGUUGUCUGAACAUGACAACAGACACCCACUCUUGGGUUGGGGAAAUGUCUGAACAUGAGUAUGGUUGUCUAGACACUUGCUGUUCCAGAGAGUUGCCUGUCUGCUGAGAUGUCCGGACAUGGUUGCAGAUAUGAGCUCUCGGGUUUGAGGGAUUUUCGAACAUCAUCAUCUCAGGAAGUUUUACUGUCCAGACAUGGUUGUGGAUAUGAGCUCUCAAGUUUGAGGGAUGUCCGGACAAGACUGCAGACUUGAACUCUCGAAUUGCCUAAUGUCCCUAGAAUAGAAUAACCACUUAGAUAACGAAAUAGAUUAUAUUUGUCGAGAAGUUCAAGAUCAUAUGGAUACAAUCUGCAUUGUGUAUUUUGAUCGAUUGGAUUGUUUCUUUGUAGAUUCCGAUACAAAGCUUUUUUAGAUGUGUUUCGGGGUAUUCCUUUAUGGUUUUGUCCGGACACCAAGGAGUGAUGUUCAGACAUGGAAGUCGAUCAGGUGAAGAAACCCUAGUCAUGUCCAGACAUCCAACUUACCUGUUCGGACACUGCAGCAUUGAAAACAUUGUUGUCUAUUUAGAGCCUAUUUAUGCUUCAUUCUCAGCAGCUCUUCAGCACGAAUUUUUAGAGACCUACAGAGGGAGUUGAAAGCCUAGUUUCAAGACCUAGUUGUGAUAAUGCACAAGGAUUUUGAGGGUUGUGCCAAGUGUGUCGAAAACUCUUGGACUGGUCUAAAGUUAACUACUCAUUGUUGAUCAAGAAAGGUUUUCCUAAAUAGAUUGUCCAUCCUUUGGCCACACCAAGAAAGAUUUUCCUAAAGUAAACAAGAUCAUUUCUAUUUACAGAAAAUUGAUAUAUAGUUAUUUCUUAUAAUAUUAUGUUGUCCAUGCAUUGAUGUUAUUGUAUAAAGUUCAUAAAGGAUUUCCUAUAAAUUUAAA